CCAGCCGGCAUUAACCGCGACAGCAUGUUACAUUUGUUCUUUAAAAAAUUAAUUAAGUCUCCGAACAUGCAAUUUACAAGGAAUUUAGUGACUGACCCUAAAUAUGGAUUUUUAAAACAGCUUGGACUUUCUACUGAAAAUCCGGGGUUGUACGAUGGUCGCUGGGGAGGAACUGGCAAAUUAAUAGAGUCGAUUUCACCAACAAGUGGCCAAGUUAUAGCAAAAGUUAGGGAAUCUACUCCAGAAGAAGCUGCAAAUGCAAUCUCAGAGGCCCAAAAAGCGUGGCCUCAAUGGGCUUCUCUUCCAGCUCCAGCUCGAGGCGAAAUUGUUAGACAAAUUGGAGACGAACUUCGAAAAAAUUUGAAGCCGCUGGGACAAUUAGUCUCACUUGAAAUGGGUAAAAUAUUACCGGAGAGUAUUGGUGAAGUUCAAGAAUACAUAGACAUUUGCGAUUACGCUGUGGGUUUGUCAAGAAUGUUUGCUGGAGGUAUUUUUCCGUCAGAAAGGAAAGACCAUGCUUUGCUUGAAAAAUGGAACCCUUUAGGAGUUGUUGGCGUCAUAUCUGCGUUUAAUUUCCCCGUAGCAGUUUAUGGCUGGAACAGUGCGAUAGCAAUGGUUUGUGGAAACACUAUCAUCUGGAAAGGAGCGCCUUCUACACCUUUAAUUUCUAUAGCCACAACAAAAAUAAUCAGUGGAGUUUUAGAAAAAAAUGGAAUUCCUGGCUCUGUAGCAUCGCUUAUAACUGGAGGAGCAGAUGUUGGAGAAGCCUUAGUCAGUGAUAAAAGAGUUUCACUUGUUUCCUUUACUGGAAGUACUAAAGUAGGAAAAGAAGUCGGGCUGAAAGUUCAGAGCAGAUUUGGAAAAUGCCUGCUGGAAUUAGGAGGCAACAAUGCCUUAAUCGUUGCACAAGAUGCCAAUUUAGAAAUGGCAAUGAGAGCAGCUGUUUUUUCUUGUGUAGGAACGACAGGUCAAAGAUGUACCACAACGAGGCGAUUGAUUUUGCAUAAAUCAAUCAAGACUGAAUUUUUAGGAAAACUGAAGACGGCCUUCAAAAGUAUUUUAGGGAGAAUAGGAGAUCCUAUGGAAGAUUCGGUUUUAUACGGUCCCCUUCACAGUCAACAAGCCCUCGAUGCUUUUAAGAAAACAAUUAAAACAGCAGAAGAAAAUGGUGGUACCAUCGAAUUUGGAGGGAAGCAAAUAGACAGACCCGGUUUUUACGUAGAACCAACAAUAAUUUCGGGCUUGUCUCCUGAUGCCGCAAUUGUUCAACAAGAAACUUUCGCUCCUAUUGUUUAUAUUUUGGAAUUUGAUUCCGUCGAAGAAGCCAUUGCCCUCAACAAUAAUGUCGAGCAGGGACUCAGCAGUUCUCUAUUCACCAACAAUAUUCAAAACAUGUUCAAGUGGAUUGGACCUUUGGGAUCAGAUUGUGGAAUAGUGAACGUAAAUAUUGGAACAAGUGGAGCAGAAAUCGGUGGUGCUUUUGGAGGCGAGAAAGCAACCGGAGGAGGAAGGGAAAGUGGAAGCGACUCCUGGAAACAAUACAUGAGACGAUCGACCGUCACAAUUAAUCAUGGCACCGAUCUUCCCCUUGCGCAAGGAAUUAAAUUUGAAUAAAGCGACAAAAAUUCAGAUCAGGA